AAUUAGUUAGAAAUGGAGCGAGAAUCGCUGUACAAGCAAGCCUACUUUGAGUGCCUCAGAAGCUACUCAGAGAAAGGUGCUGAUGAAAGGCUUGAUAAGAGCUAUAAAUUCAACUUUGGUCCAUCUUUCGAAUUUGAUAGAAAUUCGCAGUGGAAGAAUGAAAAGGCUAAGUUCUGUAUCCAGGGAUCUAACCCGGUCAAAAUGAUCAGGAAUCUUGAGAAGGAACUUAACAGACUUACAGUUGAAGGCUAUGAUGCUAUCUCAAAACUUGACUACAAUGCUGACCAUGAAAAUUCAUCCGUUCAGGAGGCCAUCAAAUUUGAGAAUAUUUCAUGGAAACUUUUUACUGAGUGUGUUUCUGCGGAUUAUAUCCAUUUCGAAAAUAUAAAGAGAGAUACGAUUCCUGAAGACCAAAGAACUCCCAUGACCUUGCUUUCUGAUAUCAUAAAGAGCGACCAUGAGAUCCUGUCAGUUUAUUAUAUCCUCAAAUGGCUGGAGAAGAUCUACAGUUGGGAUAUGAGAAUGCCAUCCAAACUUGCUGAAAGAGAUAUUGAAAAAUUAGGUCUCAUCGAAGAUGACAACCUCUGCCUGAAAGAAGAUAUAGCCAAGUUCAUGUUCAAUAACUUAAGGUCUGGAAGGCUUGGUCAAAUCAAGGACAGGCUCCCAACCCUGGUCAAAGCAUGGAAGACCUCCAUGUUACAGGGAGACAUGCCUUCUCUUGGAGAAGUCAUUGACCCCAUCGGCUGUAAUGAAGGUGACUUUAGAGAUCCACUGCUUGAGAAAAAGAAUCACAAUGAUGGCAGAGACUGUAACUUUAGCACUGCUGAUUACUUCAACCAUAUAAAAAUAUGUAAAAUGAAGAUCGAGUUUUAUGGUAGAGAGAGUACUGAAUCUAAAUAUAAGCGAGCACUGUAUGGCUCAUUCUGUGGUGACACCUCAUCUAUGCUCAGGGUCUCUAACAAUUGGGAUGAUUACCUCUGGUCUUAUAUGAAAACAGUCUUUUUCUUCAACGUGACAGAAAAAUACAUCCAAGAGGAGGAAGAAUACCUGGAAAUGUACAAUAUGACUCAUGGAGAUUUCCAUUGUAGUGAGGAAAAGUUCAAGGCUGAAUUUCAAAACUGGCCUUUCCCUGAGACCUGCCCGAUUGAUUUUGAUGGAAUUCUAGAUAAGAGCAUCAAAGAUGUACCAAAGUCUUUUAUUUCCUUUAGCAGUAGAGAGGGUAACCCUUUCCUACAAGUUUUGACUCUUCUGUUGCAGAUUCAGCUAAAGUCAUCUAAAGUAUCAGAUGAGAAUGAAAACCGCUGGAAUAUUCUCGUUGAUAAGAUCUAUGACUUGAACCAACUGAGAAAUUUUGCACAUGAAGACCUGAUAUUUUUGAGAUUUAGCUCACAUCUGUUGAUAAUGCUGUAUAUUCUUCAAAGGAUUGAUAACAACAGAGUUGAGAGAUACAACGAUGUUUUAUUCAAGUUUAUCAACUCUGAGGAGGAAAUAGACUCUCCAAUGCAUACGUUUUAUCUGAACUUCAUCAUUGGGGACGACAAGAAAGUAGAGUAUUACUCUGAACAAGUUUAUUCCAUCACUGAUAAGGUAAUCCAGGACCGAAUCUUGGAGAAUAUCGACACUUUCCUCCCAGCACUUAAAGAUGAUUUCAAGGACACUAUAAAAUCUAUGAUUGUUGGAGGAAUCAAGCCUAAAUCUAGUGGAGCUGUGAACAUCCAGCAGGUCAUCAAAAAGCUCAACUGGCUCUUUUACCAAGAUAAUUAUCUAGAGUUUUAUAAAACCGUUGUUGAGGUGGCCAGAAAAUAUUUCCUCAACAUCUCAGCUGAGUUUGGGUAUCAUAAUUACAUUGAGACUCUAUACGACGAGCUCAAGGCUAAUCUUGACUUCUGAGAGCAGAAUGAUGAGAGAUUCAGCCAGGAUGGCUUCUACAGCUGCCUAGUUGCUGAGAGGAAGAAGCACUGUCUUCUUGUCCAGUUAAUCUGCGAGAGUCAUCUUUUGAAAAAUCCUAGCAUUAAUGAACAAGCUGGUCGUACUAGGAGGAACAGAAUUCUGAAUAAUAUUGAUAAGGUCUUGAAGGAUGCCUCCCAAGGAACUGUUCUCUUCGAUUACCCCUUAGAAACAGAGAAUGACCAGGAGAUAAAAAUGGCCCAUGAAGCCUUGAAGAAUAAGUUAAUCGCUCCUUUGCUUCUUCUUAAAAUAGAUUUACUCAUGGACACUGAGAAGUUUGAAGAAUGCUUAAGGAUCAUGGAGUAUAUCUUAGACACCUCUGGAUCUAAGGACAUGCAAGUUGAUUCAGUGUUUGGCGCACCUGCUAGAGAAGGCCACCCAGGAGAGUUAUCUUUGAGAAAAUACCUUGAGCUAUCUGUUGUGGCAAAGAUCGAUUCCAAAAUUUCAGAUGCAAUGAUGAGAUCUCCUGAAGUAGUUGAAUAUCUUCUGUCAAACUAA